CGGCAUCCCCCACCCGGAGACGUCCAACUCCAUCACCAACCCUCCGAUAACCCUCCUUCCAUAAGUAAUACCCAGCUCCAAACCCACGCACGAUUGUUGUUCAACUCGGCUCUGUUCGUUUCCUCCGCCGCCAACACCACGCCACGCGAGCGCCGCACGAGGAGCGCGCGUUGAUCCAGCUCGAAAGGGAUAAAGAAUGGCGCCGCCGCCCGAGGGGGACGGGGAAGGCGGCGGUGGCUGCGCGAGGUGGCUUCGGCGGGAGGUGCUGCUGGCCCUCGCGCUGGGGCAGCUCGUCUCGCUGCUCAUCACCUCCACCGGCUUCUCCUCCUCCGAGCUCGCGCGCCGAGGUAUCAAUGCACCGACGUCACAGUCCCUCUUGAACUACAUCCUUCUUGCUCUUGUCUACGGUGGCAUACUCCUCUACCGGAGACAGCCGCUCACGACAAAAUGGUACUACUACUUGAUCCUUGGCAUUAUUGAUGUGGAGGCUAACUAUAUCGUUGUCAAGUCUUAUCAGUACACAUCUUUGACGAGUGUGAUGCUUCUGGAUUGUUGGUCAAUUCCAUGUGUAAUUGUUCUUACUUGGAUCUUUUUGAAGACCAAAUAUGGAUUCAGGAAGUUCUUUGGUGUUGGGGUUUGUGUGGCUGGCCUUAUAUUAGUAGUAUUUUCGGACGUCCAUGCUUCUGACCGAGCUAAAGGACCCAAACCUUUGAAGGGUGAUUUGCUUGUAAUUGUUGGCUCCAUGCUUUAUGCUUGCAGUAAUGUUACAGAGGAAUAUCUGGUCAAGAAGAACAACCGAAUUGAGUUGAUGGCUAUGUUGGGAAUUUUUGGAGCAGUUAUCAGUGGCAUACAAAUAAGUGUUCUCGAGCGAGAAGAACUUCAUUCGAUCAAAUGGAAUGCCGGCGCGGUGUUCCCUUUUAUCGGAUUCGCAUUGGCAAUGUUCCUGUUUUACUCGACUGUACCUACGGUGCUGAAGAUUUGCGGGGCAACCAUGCUAAAUCUCUCACUCCUGACCUCAGACAUGUGGGCUGUCCUGAUCCGCAUCUUCGCUUACCAUGAGAAGGUUGACUGGAUGUACUUUGUUGCGUUUGCCUGCACAGCUGGGGGCCUUCUGGUCUACUCGUACAGGAGCUCCAAGGAGGCCGAUGACACGGCGCAGGUCGCAGGGGCCAGCGACGAGCAGAGUAGGGUAGGGGAUGAGGAAUCUGGAAUUCAGAACCAGGUGCGAAGUUCCUUUGCUGGCGGCAACGAUGACCAGGCCUCCUACAAGGAGUUGCCAUCAAAGGGCAGCCCCUCCAAGAACUAGGCAAUAGACGCAUAGGCUGAUAUUCAUACGGCAAUAGGCAGUUGUAACAACUCAGUGAGGAAAUCUUUACUUGUACACGUAAAGGGAAACCUGUCCAAUUUGUGAUAUCGACUUUCUUCUCUUUGUAAAA